AUGUCGACGCUUGUUCAACGACCAUCAGCAUUGACAACGGCCACUAAUCGAUGUUCAGCUAAAAUACAAUCAAAUCCAGAUCCAUUGAAAGCACGUUAUUUAGUGUCACAUAAAGUUGGUGCAGGUGGAUUUGCCGAUGUUUAUGCUGGCAUAUGCAAAAAAAAUGGUUUGCCUGUUGCAAUCAAAGUUAUCCCGAAAAAACGAAUGCGUGAAAUUAUAACGCCUGAAGGCAAAUUACCACUUGAAGUUGUUUUAUUAAAACGUGUUGCUAAAGUGAAAAAUGUUGUUAAAUUAUAUGAAUAUUUUAUUCACAAUGAUCAACUUAUAAUUGUAUUAAAACGUCCAGAAUCAUGUUGUGACUUGUAUGAUUUUAUAUCCGAACGUGGUGGUCUAGAUGAACGUUUGGCAAGAGAUUUUUUAAAACAAAUCAUACAAAUUCUACAAGAUGUUCAUCGUUGUGGAGUAUUACAUCGAGAUAUCAAAGACGAAAAUUUUCUUGUUGAUAUGAAAACUGGUGAACUAUUACUGAUUGAUUUUGGUUCUGGAGCUUUGUUGCAUGAUGGAAUUUACACAGAAUUUGAAGGCACUCAAGUUUAUUCACCUCCUGAAUGGAUUACAUGCCGGCGUUAUUUUGGUUUACCAGCCACUAUUUGGUCAUUAGGUAUUUUACUUUAUGAUAUGGUUGUCGGAGAUAUACCCUUCACUGACGAAUUACAAAUAAUUAAAUGUCAAUUAAAAUUUCCAGAACAUUUAUCUCAAGAAUGUAUCAAUUUGAUAACGCAAUGUUUGUCAAUUCGUUCAUCUGAGAGACCAACCAUUGACCAAUGUCUUCAAUCCAGCUGGCUAAAAUUACCCAAUUCGCGUGAUUUGCGUUUAGCAACAUCAUUACGUUCAAGAAAAGACAGUGUAAAAUCGAACGUUAGUUCAUUAGUAUCCAAUGGAUCUCGUGGUAAUUCAUCCUAA